UCCACACCAUUGACGUCAGUUCCUGUGACGUACCACGAGUCUAAAAUAUUGUCCUUCUCAGUAAUGGCGGCUUCGUUCCCUUCUCCUUCUGGAAUAAACAACAAAUGGUACUUCACCCGAGAACAGAUCGAGAAUAGCCCAUCUCGUCGUGCGGGGCUUGAUCCAGACAAGGAAUUAUCCUACAGACAGCAAGCCGCGAACCUUCUACAGGACAUGGGACAGCGACUCAAUGUGUCCCAGCUAACAAUUAAUACUGCUAUUGUGUAUAUGCACCGAUUCUACAUGAUCCAGUCCUUCACCAGGUUCCACAGAAAUGUCAUAGCUCCAGCAACACUGUUCCUGGCUGCAAAGGUUGAGGAACAGCCCCGCAAGUUGGAGCAUGUUAUCAAGGUGACCCAUGCAUGCCUCAACCCUCAGGACCCUUCACCAGACGUCCGCAGUGAUGCUUACCUGCAACAAGCCCAAGACCUGGUCAUUCUUGAGAGCAUUAUACUCCAGACCCUGGCUUUUGAAAUCACCAUUGACCACCCACAUACUCAUGUUGUCAAGUGCACCCAGCUCGUCAGAGUUGUCCCAGCGAGUAAGGAUUUGGCCCAGACCUCAUACUUCAUGGCUACCAACAGCCUACACCUGACCACAUUCUGCCUGCAGUACAGCCCACCCAUAGUGGCCUGCGUCUGCAUCCACCUGGCUUGCAAGUGGUCCAACUGGGAGAUCCCUGUCUCCACAGAUGGCAAGCACUGGUGGGAGUAUGUGGACAAUACUGUCACCCUUGAGCUGCUGGAUGAGCUCACUCACGACUUCCUACAGAUCUUGGAGAAGACACCAAGCCGAUUAAAACGCAUUCGCAACUGGAAAGCGGCAGGUCAGACAGUGAAGGGAGGGAAGUCUAAGGUGCCAGAGGACGGGGACCAGACAGAUUGUAUGAUGAGCAUGAUCUCCAUGUCGUCCUCUGAGACCAUGCUGGCCAGCCUCUCCAACCCUUCCUCUUCAUCUUCUUCCUCAUACAUGGCUCCCAUACUACUGGAGCUCAAGUCGACCCUGGGCAGUGGCUCCGACCAGCCCAACCACGUCGAGCUGCACGCCCCAGCCAAGGUGUCACUGAGUGAGUACCGGGCCAAGCACGCUGAUGUCCUGGCUGCUCAGAAGAGGAAGCUGGAGAACAUGGAGGCCAGCGUGAAGAGGGAGUAUGCCUCGGCAGCCCAAGCUCUGAUAGGCCAACAUCAGAGGAAGGAGAAGUACCACCGUGAUCAGCAGCAGUCCAGCUCCCACCAUUCCAGCUCAGCCUCCUCUGACCUCAGCAGCCCCUCGCCCAUCAUCCUCAAGAUCCCCCUGGAAAAGGAGAGGGGCGAGCGCAGCUCCCUGAAGAUGCGCCUCCCUCUGGGGACUGGGGGGGGAGGGGGGCACAGUGGAGGAGGGAACAGAGGAGCCGGAGGAGAACAGGACAUCAAAGUGAGAAUCCGGGUGCCUGAGAAAGUACGCAGUGCAGGCUCGGGAGAGGAGGGGGGCAAGAGUAGGGAGGGCAAGCAUCGAGAACGCUCCCACCACCACCAUCACCACCACCACCAUCAUUCAUCGUCGUCUUUGAGCGGUGCUUCCGUCUCUUCGUCCUCGUCACAUAAACACUCAGCCAGUGCUGCUGGAGCUGUAGGAGGAAGUGGUAGCAAAAAGACCCCCAGUGACUCAUCUAGAAUGAGCUCCUCUUCCUCUGCGUCUCGAAAGAGGACACACUCCACGGAGUCCCAGGGAUCCCACCCCUCCAAAGUCUCUAAGUCCUCCAGGAACUCAGCCCACCAGCUACCUGCUCUGUUAGCCGCCUCCAGUGCACACUCCCUGGGGGCGCAAACUGCUGAGAUCCUCCCAUCCCUGGGUCUCCCCUCCCUCCACCAGGGAAACUUCUCUCACUCCAAGGGGGACAAGACUGACACUAACGGACACAAUGCAGGCGGGGGAAGCCAGUCAAAUGAGUACCAGGACACAUUUGAGAUGCUGAACUCUUUACUGAGUGCUCAGGGGGUCCAACCUGCUCAGCCUCCCAUGUUUGACUACCGGUCUCAGUACGGGGAGUACAGAUACAGCGGAGGGUCCAGGGGGGGCUCUCGACCACCACCCCUGCCUGCUGAACCGCCACCUCCGCUACCCCCUUUACCAAAAUGAUCCCUGAUGAAGGGGUGAAUUACUGACAGUAUCUGUAGAUGCCUCCACAUCCUUCCUUAAGACAUUUGCACUGUGACUUUGGGUCCCUUUAUGUAUUUGAAUGAAUCAUGUUGUGGUUUUCAACUUGACAGCAAAGAAAUGUACUUCCAAUACAUACUUUUCAGUGAUGCGUGUACAGAAGUUUCUCCCUUGUUACAUCAUCAUAUCCAAUACAUCUGUGGGGCAAUAACAGGUGUGAAAGAAAACAAAAUGAAUUUAUUUAUAAACAAAAUGUAAAUACUAUUUUUGAUGUUAUUCAUUUUUGUAUUGUGCUAUGAACUCAAAUCCAAUUUGAUGGAAUGACUGGACCUGAUAUUUUAAACAUGGCUGUUUAAGUCAUUUUGAAUGCACAGUAGAAGAAACAAACUUGUCUGCUUCACUUCUUAAAUUGUGUAAGUCUCGCUAACAAUUAGUAUUUUUCAGAAUGUUUUUAAUAUACUAUUUAUUAUUACUGUUGAAUGCAAUUAGAACAUUUUGCCAACUGCCUCCCUCGCGCUUUCUGCUGUGUCCUGUUGAACUGAAGGAUAGUUGAGUGCUUACACAAGUCUAUUUGAGAAUGCAUGUCUUCAAAGCCAUCAUUUAAAAUGUUUUUGUUGAAAAAAUAGUCACUGAAUCAGAUUUUUGCCCCCCCCUCCAUUUUGUCUAUUGUAGUACAUUUUUUCCCUCUGCAUUAUUUGCAACACUUAAUUAAUAUAUAAUGUAAAAUGACUUUAGUGGACAAAAUAUUUUUACAUUUAGUUAAAAGUUGCAAAAAAUACUUGAAAUUUAAAGGAACAUUUCAGUUUUUCUACUUCAUAUUCAUCUCCACCCCGACAUCAACAUGUGAAAAUGGUGCAUUUUUUUGUAGUUAAAAAUAGAGGAAUAUAAGUAUUUCCAAUGAAUAUGCAAUGCCAACUCAUAUUUGGUUUAAAUCCAAUGAUGCAUAUUAGGAAAACUUAUCUUCCUCUUUUAAUUUUUUACAUUUUUACUACAAUACAGAAAUGUGGCAUUUUUACAUGUUGAUUUUGGGUAGAUGCUUGCUGGACAUGACAAAUGUGAAGUUUACUUUACAUUUUAUUUUAUUUCCCUUAAGGCUUGUAUUUUAGUUUCUAGAUUUGAAUGUGUUGCAGUCAUUGUUUUAAAUGGUUGUAAAAUGUUAGUCAUACUCAAAUAAUUACACUAACGUACAGAGUUUAUACUACAAUACUUAUCUACAUAUUCCUACACAUUUUGAUAAUGGACUGAUUUUUGUCUUAGUGCUUUGAACAGAAUUCAUAGUGUUGCUUCCACUACUGUGUUAACGAUAACUGAUGUCUUCACUCGUACAUUUUGAAUGCAACUGAAAUUGUAUUUUUGUGAGAUUUUGGUAAGGUGCAUAAUCUUGUCUAUAUUAUUUAGAUAAUUUGUUUUUCUGGUUUCAUGCCACACCAUAUGGUUGCUUGUGGCGAUCACACCAUGUUGUUGCUUGUGGCGAUCACACAUGCUCAACUGAGGGACUUUAGAGGUUUUAACAUAAGAACAUCUCCGGUACCACUGUGUCAACCAUCACAGUCAACAUUUAAUUUCAGUGAGAAGGACCUGUUCAAUUAAGAGAAUCUUUCCCUUCAUGUUCCAGACUUGCUGUUCGUCAUGCUUAUUGGUCAAACUGGUAUAGUCUUUCUCCUUAAAUCAUGUUUAAAAUUGUAUGAUAGUGGAAAUGGGCUUGAACUUAGCUCUGACAUGUUUCAGACCGUUUAACAGAACUCUCUUUGUCCAAUGGAUGGGUUAGCUGACAACGUCACAAAAACGAUGCACAUGCUUCAAUGGGGCAGAAGUCUGUGUGUUGUGAUUCUGGAUGGCCAGAUGGCUAGAACCAAUACAAGAGGCUGCCAUGUGGGGAAUUGUAGGUGGCUCAUUUCAGUUAGUUUUCUUGUUCUUGUUACCAUGUCUUGUUUUUUAGGUGUUUUGACUGAUGUCACAUCUAUGCUAAUAUGUCUAAACUUCACAAGCUAGCUAACCAACAACUGUAACAAUGUAUUUGAGAGACAAGUGCUCAUUGUGCAAAUGUAUUUAUGUUUUCAAUAAACAUUGGAGACUAAAUAUA